AUGGAUCGGCUUCCCUUUGAGGUCAAGCACAUGAUAUGUGCAUUAGCUAUGGACACCAGCCGGGCGACUUUAGAAGAGUUAAGCCUUAUGAACCAUGCCUGGUAUCAGGCUGCCGUGCCUCUUCUGUACGAAAAGCUGCAGCUAUGUCUCACCACAACGGCGCAACUUCAAGCAGACGUUGAACAGUUGCUAAGCCAUCCCCUGCGCAAGCUAUACAUUCGAUACCUGCGUCGUCUGGAUCUCGUCGGGCAAAGCGGGAAACAGAGUCUCAAUCUAGCUGCUCUGCAGGAAGAUGAAGGGGGACCUAUCAUGCUGGAUGGCUUCCUUGAUCGUGAGCUCUGGCAAAAACAACGGCACACUUUCCCGCUUUGUCGCAGGCGAACCACUACCCUCGACCAUGCUCCACUCGCCAGGUUCAUCGCGGCCUUGACAAGCUUGAAAGAAGUGAAUUAUGUUCGAGCUGUGCGCUUCCCGCAAGAAGUCUUGGAUGCUCUGCACAAAUACCACCCUUCCUGCAAGCUCAACUUGCUUCAUUUCUACCUCCAGGCCUGGAAACACCAGGGUCUCAGCGAUAGGGAUAUGGCCGUGGUCACCUCGCCGUGCCUCCACUCGAUUCGCUGCUACUACUACCGCUACGUUGGGAAUUACGAGGUAAUCGAGUCAGCCAUUCUGCGCACGCUGUCUGUGGCUCCAAAUCUGAAAAAGGUCGAUCUCGUACUGGUGCCGCAGCGUAAACCUGCGGACCGGCGUAUCUACCGCUUCGAACCCAGCGCUGGAGUAUCCAAUGCCGUUGCCCGUCUCGAAACUUUGUCCUUUUCCCUAAACACCACGAUGUCAGUCCAGUGCUUCAAUCAGUGGCAUCAGAAGAUUGAUCUAGGACAUCUGCGUGCUUUGAGCAUCGGCCGUAUUGAUGAUCCCACACUCGCUCGAAGUAUUUGCGCUGUUGCAGCAUACUUCCAGCGCCUCGAACGGCUCUCGAUCAACCUACCGGUAGCCCCCAGAAGACAUCGUGAGUACUGGCGUUCGGUGGAAGAGAUGAUGAAAGCAUUGCCGCCGCUCAAGGGUCUCGGGCUGGUCGGAAACCGCAACGCGCCCUUCGUCAGCAAGGUCUUGUCCAGACACGGCGCUACCCUACAGAGCCUCGGACUAGACUCACGCAAUGUUUCACACCACAUGCGGCUGCAGAGACAGGGACGUCCAUACUACAACGCGGAUGAAAUUUCCCGCUUUGCGAGCAUGUGCCCUGUCCUCCGAGAGCUGCACCUCACCGUCCACCGCGUGCAGGGCCGAGCUCCCGAGGUAAAGGUUUACAAAGCACUCGGGCAUUCCCCUGCUCUGACGCACCUCUGCGUGAAACUUGACUGUGUCCCGAGCGCCGAUGACCCUCCAGAUGAUUUCGUUCCUUCCUAUAUACCGGUGUACGACCCCUCCUAUGGCGAGGAUGUCCGGAAAGUCAGAAAACUUUGCAUCAAUGCAGCGAUUGACAAACCCUUGGCGGGAAACAUAUUCAACACCAUACUCUCAUCCCAACGCACCAGGCGCCUCGCUAGUCUCCGGCUUCUUCCAACUGGCGAUUGGCGACCUGGGAUCCGGACAUUUGGCAUCCAUGAGCCCUUCGAAAUCGAUGAACUUUUCCGCUGUUUCGCGGUGACCAGACUCGCCAAUUCUGAAUCUGGUGUCCUCAACGUCGAGAGGGUUAGGGUGCCGCUCAAGUACGAUUGUUGUCUGUCAUUCUGGCGUAAACAACGUAUUGCGACGUGGUUGGGGGCCGAGGGUAUCAGGAGCUUCCCGUUGCAGGAUGCACGAAUCGACCAUUGCAUGUCUGAAUCAUACUCGUCGUCGACAAUUGCAGAAAGAACUUAG